CGCAACGUGUCUGUGUUUGAGGGGAUCCAUCAAAGUUUGUUUUUAUCAUAUUCAAUCGUUGAUAUAUUUUUGUUUUAUAGAUAUGGUUGAUGAGCAAGAUCGGCUGCUUCCAAUAGCCAACGUGGGACGGAUAAUGAAGCAAAUACUUCCCCCAAGUGCAAAAAUCUCAAAGGAAGCAAAAGAAACAAUCCAAGAAUGUGCAACAGAGUUCAUAAGCUUUGUGACUGGAGAGGCAUCUGACAAGUGUCACAAAGAGAAUCGAAAGACCGUGAACGGGGACGACAUCUGUUGGGCUUUGGGUGCUCUAGGGUUUGAUGACUAUGCUGAGCUUAUUCUUCGGUAUUUACAUAGACAUAGGGAAGCUGAAAGAGAGAAAGCUAACCAAAACAAAUUAGCUAAUUCUACUACUACUUCUUCUCGAGAUCACCAAGACAACAACAAAGUUGAAGAUCAAGUUCCAAACUAUAAAAAUGGCCACCAAGCAGAUCAGCAAUCCGAUCAAAUCCCAACUCCAGCUUCGUAAGGUUCCGAAAUUUUCGACACGGCUUGGAGAGAAGUAGUAGUAUGAAAAGAAAGGUAAAGAUUGGGGUCAAAGAUAAAGGGGGGUAGUUCUUGGUCAUAAGAACACACGUUUUUCAAAUCAUAGGAAAGUCCAAUAUUUAUGAUCUGCUUAAUUAUACUGAUCAAGAAUUAUCACUAUGUAAUUAUAUUUAUUCUUGAAUAUAAUCUCAAUUAGAUUUCUUAAGCAAAUAGUAUAUAUGUAUAAAAUUGAAACCAGCAUAUAUUGUAUGCUUAUAUCCCAUAUAUAUUCUAGUUGUAUAUUAACCAUAAAGUAUACCAUAUGAAUGUAGUGUCAUUACCACGUAUAGAGUAAAAUUUCCCAAUCAUAAGUAAAUAUCAUUAUAUCAAUGGACUUGUAGA